GACGUUUUUGCGCACCCGCGUUCCUUGAUCCGGCGCAACAUGAAGGUGGUGGAGAUUUGGCAAGCUGGUGGACCAUUUGUGUGCUGUGUAGCCUAGGCAAGGUGGUGGAGAUUCAUCAAGAUCAUUCUGUUUAAUUGAAUGGAGGAGGUUGUGGAGGAUAAGGAGGUGAAGGUGAGGAGGAUGAAGGAGGCGCACAGGAGUGGGAAACUGGUGUUCUGUUGCGGGGAGGUGCAGCAAUAUACGCUGGAGAUGUUGAUGCGGGCUUCGGCAGAGUUGCUGGGGAGGGGGAGUGUGGGGACGGCGUACAAAAGGGUGCUGGAUUCGCGGUUGAUUCUGACGGUGAAGAGGUUGGAUGGGGGGAAGAGUGGGGAGAGUGAUGGAGUAGUGUUUCAGCGCCACAUGGAGGCUGUAGGGAGGCUUCGCCAUCCCAAUUUGGUUCCUUUGAGGGCUUAUUUUCAGGCCAAGGUAGAGAGGCUUGUCAUAUAUGAUUAUCAGCCCAAUGAUAGCAUCUUCAACCUCGUUGACGGUAGCCACUAUCCAUUUGUUAACAUCAAUUUUAAUUCAAAUGCACUGUUUAGUUGGUCCCUGUUUGUAUACAUUUUUCUUUCAAGUAAAAAAAAAGUGUGAAAUGAA